AUGGCGCCGAAGAAGAAGGGAAACAGAAAGCAAGAGGAAGACUGGGAAGCAGAACUAGGAGAGAGCAUUCCUGCUGCGGGUGGUGACAGCUCAACUCAGGAUGCUCCUCCCGCUGAAGAUGGCGAUGGUGGAGAGGCCGCAGGCAGUGGUGGCCUGCUCGCUGCUCUAAGGAAGAACAAAACCAAGAAGGCCAAAAAAGGAAAGCCUGAAAAUGACUUUGUCGAGGGCGAGGAUGCUUCGGAAGGAGCAAACGGGAAUGCAGACUUUUCCAGCAAACAACCCGAGGAGGGCACUUUCGAUGAGGAUGAUGUUUUUGCUGGAAAGAAGAGCAAGCCUAUCAAGGCUGUCGAAACACCAGCGGCUGAGCCUGAGGACGAUGGCUCCGGGCCCCGCGUGAAGACAAAGAAGGAGAAGGAAAGAGAAAAGAAAGAGAGGGAAAAGCAACGGAAGAAAGAACAGGCCGCUGCGAAGAAGAAGACCGGCGAACCUAAACAAGCCCAGCAAGCGAAGCCUGAACCGAAGAAGGAAGAGCCCACCGCUGCACCCGCCGCCCCGGCGCCUGAGCCUGCUGGUGGCAAGAAGAAGAAGGUUCCUGCUCAUCUGCUUGCAAUCCAGAAACAACAGGAGGCUCUUAGGCAACAGCGCGAGGAGGAAGAACGUCGCCUGGCCGAGGAGAAGGCUGCUGAAGAGGCGCAACAACGCCUGACUGCGGAAGAGGCCAAGAAAAAGGAAGAAGCUCGCCAGCGAAAGAAGGAGAAGGAGAAGGAAAAGAAAGAACAACUAAGGAAGGAAGGAAAACUUCUUACGAAGGCUCAGAGGGAAGCCAAGGAACGAAAUGAGCUGCGUAUGAAACAAAUGCUUGCUGCAGGUGUUGGUACUGUUGCUGGUUUGGAAGAUGGCGCUGAGAAGAAGAGGCCUGUUUAUGAAAACAAGAAGAAGAAGGCACCUACUAAGAAACAUGAGGAGGACCUCGAGGCUGCUGCUGCUCGGGCUAAGGCUCAGCGUGAAGCCGAGGACGAGCGACGAAGAAAGGAAGAGGAGGAGAGGAAAGCUAAGGCCGAAGCUGAAGCUGCCGCUGCUGGCGAGGAGAGCGAAGAUGACGACUGGGAAAAGGCUGCUGACGCCGAGGAUGUAAAGGAUAGCUGGGACGCACCCAGUGACGAGGAAGAGACAGAAAAGAAGCCCGCUGCUGCCAACGGCCAAGAAAAGACGUUACCAGAGCGACCUGCAGCUAAGUCUGCUCAGGAAGAGUCUGAUGAGGAAUCAGAAGAAGACUCCGACGAGGAAUCGGACUCUGAAGACGAAGAACAGUCCGCGACUCAAAAGGCAAUUGCCCAGAGGAAGGCAGAAGCUGCUGAGCGGAGAAAGAAGCAACACGAAGAGGCUUUGGCAGCCCGAUCGAAAGAUAACUUGCGUUCUCCCAUUUGUUGUAUUCUGGGUCACGUCGACACUGGUAAGACAAAGCUUCUGGACAAAGUUCGUCAGACAAACGUUCAAGAAGGUGAAGCUGGUGGUAUUACCCAACAAAUUGGUGCUACAUACUUCCCUGUCGAUUCUCUGCGUCAGAAGACUGCUGUUGUCAACAAAGAUGGCAAGUUCGACUUCAAGAUCCCAGGUCUUCUCGUUAUCGAUACCCCUGGUCACGAGUCUUUCUCCAACCUGCGAUCUAGAGGUUCAUCUCUUUGUAACAUUGCCAUUCUCGUCGUCGAUAUCAUGCACGGUCUCGAACCGCAAACUCUAGAGUCUAUGAGACUCCUCCGUGACCGCCGUACUCCAUUUAUCGUUGCUCUAAACAAGAUCGAUCGUCUGUAUGGAUGGAAGAAGAUUGACAACAACGGCUUCCAGGAGAGUUUGGCAAUGCAGAACAAGGGCGUUCAGAAUGAGUUCCGGACGCGUCUCGAGCGAACCAAGGUCCUUUUUGCUGAGCAAGGUUUCAACUCCGAGCUUUUCUACGAGAACAAGUCGAUGGCCCGCAAUGUGUCUCUCGUGCCAACAUCCGCCCACACGGGUGAGGGUGUUCCCGACAUGUUGAAGCUCUUGACAAGCUUGACCCAGGAGCGUAUGACCAACUCUCUGAUGUACUUGUCCGAGGUUGAGUGUACUGUUCUUGAGGUAAAGGUCAUCGAAGGUCUCGGUACCACCAUCGAUGUUGUUCUCUCGAACGGUAUCCUGCGGGAGGGUGAUCGGGUUGUGCUGUGUGGUCUUAACGGCCCUAUAUCAACCAAUAUUCGAGCGUUGCUCACUCCUGCUCCUCUGAAGGAGCUCCGAUUGAAGUCUCAGUAUGUUCAUAACAAGGAGGUCAAGGCAUCUCUUGGUGUUAAGAUCGCAGCCAAUGACCUAGAACACGCCAUCGCUGGUUCCCGCCUCAUGGUUGUCGGACCUGAUGAUGACGAGGAGGACAUCGAAGAAGAAGUUAUGUCUGAUCUCGAGAACUUGCUCAGCAAGGUCUCCAAAGAUAUGCGCGGUGUCAGCGUUCAAGCUUCUACCCUCGGCUCCCUCGAGGCGCUGCUCGAAUUCCUCCGUGUUUCCAAAAUUCCAGUUGCGAAUAUCUCGAUCGGUCCCGUAUAUAAGCGCGAUGUGAUGAUGUGCGGUACAAUGCUGGAGAAGGCCAAGGAAUUCGCAGUCAUGUUGUGUUUCGAUGUCAAGGUUGACAAGGAAGCGCAAGCCUACGCAGACGACGUUGGUGUCAAAAUCUUUACUGCAGACAUCAUUUACCACCUGUUUGAUGACUUCACCAAGCACAUGGCAGAGCUCACAGAGCGCAAGAAGGAAGAGGCGAAACUCCUUGCCGUCUUCCCCUGUGUUCUGAAGACGGUGGCCGUCUUCAACAAGAAGGAUCCUAUCGUCAUCGGUGUCGAUGUUGCUGAGGGCAGCCUGCGGUUGCACACACCCCUAUCUGCCAUCAAGACAAACGGAGCAACUGGGGCUAAGGAGAUUGUCGAGCUCGGAAGAGUUGCGGGUAUCGAACGCGAUCACAAGCCAGUCCAGGUUGUUAAGAGAGGACAGCCCUCCGUCGCGGUCAAGAUUGAAGGCUCCAACCAACCCAUGUAUGGUCGUCAAUUAGAAGAGUCCGACACGCUGUACUCUCACAUCUCUCGUGCAAGUAUCGACACGCUGAAGGAGUUCUAUCGCUCUGAUGUAUCCAUGGAGGAAUGGGCCCUUAUCAAGAAGCUCAAGCCCGCUUUCGACAUUCCUUAA